AUGCUAAACAUCAAGUCACUGCUGUCUUACCCUGCUGAGAGCAGGUUCAACUUGAGCCAGAGCUACUUCCUGUUUCUUGCAAACGGUAGAUCUCAGCAGGGUUUUAUCCACAGACAUGAUCGCCAACCUCUCAUCUCCUCGAACCAGAAGGAGAUCACGGGUUCUCCUGAGGAUCUCGGUGGCUCCCGCUCCCCUCUGCUCAUCAAGAUCCACGGUGUUUUAAUGCUGACUGUCUGGAUGUGGAUGGUGAGCACAGCCAUCUUCAUUGCUCGCCACUACAAAAACGUCUGGCCUGAGAAAACUUUGCUGGGACAAAAGCUUUGGUUUCAGAAUGGGAUGGAGCAAGAUCUUUCCCUCUCCCUGCUCUCAUGCCGGCAGUCCUGUGUGACUCGGGUCGCCACGAGACCCGGGAGGAUUUCUUCUCAGGAGGACUUCCUGCCCACACAGCUGGAGCAUCGGCACAUCGCACAGUUUAAAGCUGGUGAUGUUGGUGGAGCCGUGCAGACGCUGCGCUCUCUGCUCCUCUUCUACCCCUCCGACCAUGACUCUUUAGACAACCUGCAGCUCUACUCUGAGACACUAGGAGGAGACACAGAGUCACAGGGCACUCAGCCUGCUCAGGAGAUUGUCGGAUACAUUAAUCGUGCUUUAGAUGAGAAGAAGCUUCUGUAUUUUGGCAUGGAGAACCUUGACUUCAGUUUCACAGAUCCAGACCUUUGGACUCCGGAAGAUGUAGUGCCCGAAUCACUGAGGGAUAACUGGAGAGCUGUAAAAGAGAAAAUAAAUGUGAGAAUGGAAGAGGGAGAGAAGAAGGAGGAAGUGGAUGACAGUGGAUUUUAUGCAGGGGGUCCGGUUCCUCAGGUGGGCGUGACCAUCACCAUGGACGACACGGUUUUAAACGGGACGAAUCGCGUAGUUCUGGACGACGUCAUGACUGAGAAGGAGUGUGAAAAGAUGCUGCAGCUAGCAACAGCUGCAACAUCUUCCGGAGAUGGUUACCGGGGGCGACGAUCUCCGCACACGCCUCACGAGACGUUCGAGGGUCUGACCGUCCUCAGGGCUGUGAAGUUGGCUCAGGAUGAUAUGGUGAACCAGACAGACGCCCGGCUGUUUUACGAGCUGGGAGAGAGAGUGAAGGUCCUGCUGCACUCGUACUUCAGGAGCCCCUCCACCCUCUACACCUCCUUCGCACACCUGGUCUGCCGCAGCGCUAUCGCAGGUGAUCAGGAGGGCAGGCUGGACCUGUCUCAUCCUGUCCACGUCGACAACUGUCUGCUUGAGCCGGAGACCAAUCAGUGCUGGAGAGAACCGCCGGCGUUCAUACACAGAGACCUCAGUGCCCUUCUCUACCUGAAUGACAACUUUGAUGGAGGAGACUUGUUCUUCACUAACAGGGACGCAAAGACAGUAACAGUGGUUCGUUUGCUGAGCCGACUGAUGACCCAGAGAGCAGAGAGCUGGACUAACAACCAGCACAGCACCUGUCAAUGUGACACCGAGUUGGUCCAGACUGUGGUGAUUGUUUUCCAUCGUCAGUGGUUGGAUCUUCGCAGUUCAACAGGCUUGGCCCCGCCCCCACCAGAGUGCCCCUCCCCCUUGUUACCAUGGUGGCGCGGCCCUGCUGCUUCCCUGCUCAGAGAGUGUCUGCUGCUGCUGCACUGGCUGCUGCUGCAUCACGGCAGCUUCUCAGAGAGCUGCAGGCCACUGCUGCACAUGUACGACCAGGUGAUCCCCGCCGUACGAGACACGCUGAGGAGGAUCCCCGAGCUGAGCGAGAGCGAGGAGCUGGCACUGGAGGAGAUCUGCCGCUCGGAGGGUGACGAAACAGAUGACAUGGACACUCAACCUGGCUCCUGA